AUGUCCCUUGGCGUGUGCUCGAUUAAUUGGGCAAACGUUGGUCCAACCGAAUACUGGUGUUUGGAAACCACUAGCAACCAUAAAUUAGCCUUCGCUAGCUUUGCCAUUACGUUUGGAACGUUUUUGCUUUGCGCUAUUUGUUAUUUCGCUAUCAUGAGAAAGCUCAAAAGGACUGGUAAAGAACUGAUUCAAUCUACCGAACAUGCUAUUAAACAUGCCGCUAUUGAACGAAAUGUUUUAAGAAGAAUAACUGGCUACAUUCUGAUAUUUUUUGUGAAAUGGCUUCCUGCUUAUGUUUGUAUAACUGGAUUCAUUGGUGGAGGCCACCCUUUAUCAUGGACAUUUAUUGUGGUUAUAAUAUCUAUAAAUCUUGGUGGUCCUGGCUACGCAAUUCAGUACGUCAUUUGCGAAGGCUUUUCCGAUGACGCGCCUGGCUCAUGUGAGCAAAGUAUUAUGAGACUGAGCCACGAUAAUAGAAGUCCCAACCCGAGCUUUAUUCAAAGCGGCAUAUCUAACACCGGUCGCGGUUCUUUUCAACCAAGCAUACAUAAAUCCAAUAGUAGUAGCGUAAUUAAUGUACUAGUCGUACCACCCCUACAAUUUAAUUGA